AUGAAGUUCUUCGAGCUGACAGAACUUUCAUCACCAAUGCCAUACCUAUUAAGGGUUCUGGAAAUCGUAGGACUUCGAGGUUCCUACACUCAACAGGCUCGGUUUGUGAUUUUGGCCCUGUGGUCAGUGCUGAUAAUAGUCAUACCGAAAGUGUUUUUGGGCUACCGUGGCCAGAUCGAUUUAAUGAUCCGCGGUUUGUCUGAACUGGUUUUCCAGCUCCACCAACACGUACGAAUGGCAAUAAUCUACUGGCAAAUGGCAGAACUGGAAGAGAUUGUUAAAAUACUUAAAAAAGUUUUCAACAACGUUCGCGCCACGGGUUUGGAUGGCGAGUUGAACAACAUGGUGGACGAAACCAAUCGCAAGGUUGAUAGGAGUGCAAAAAUGUACUCUAUCUAUGUCACAAUUGCGGUGAAUGUGUUUUUUAUUUGUCCCGUGUUGCAGACAGUCGCGGUAUGUUUCAUUAAUCGGAAUCGCAACGCCACAGAAUCCAUCGAUUACAUACUUACAAUGGAACAAGAAUUCUAUGGCUUGAAUAUCCACAAGAACCUGCUUCAUUAUGCGAUAUUCGAGUUCUGUAUUGGCAUCGUUCACUACUGGACCGCAGUAUCAUUCACGUUGGGUGGAAUCGUCGUCUAUUGUCCCAUUGCUUACAUAAUGCUAAUAUUCAAAAUGGUAACGACCAGGUUGGAGAAACUUCAUCGAUUAUCCGGUGCAGCUUUGCAGCAUGAAGUGUCCAACGUUAUCGAUCUGCAUCUGGACGGAUUGAAAUGCAUCGAGCAUUUAGAAAGGAUUGUUACCCUACCAAUGCUUUCACAACUUUUUGCCUUUGUACUGAUUCUGUCUUUGAUGGUUCUGUAUAUCAGAAAUAAUCUCGAUUUGAAUGCCGUUUCUUUAGCAGUUUUGUUAAUAGUUGUGACAGCGGAAACAUACAAAAUUUGUGAUUUGACAACUAAUCUUUCUAUGGAGAGCUUUGCAGUAGCUGAUGCUAUUUAUAACAGCACUGAUUGGUAUCGACUGCCUGCCGACACUCAAAAAGCGUUGUCAAUGAUGCUGCUCAGAGCCCAAAAGCGGGAGGGGGUGACUGCGGCCAAGUUCAGCUACAUGGAUAUCGAACGCUUCGGUAAGGUGGUGCAGACGUCCUAUUCAAUCUACAUUGUUUUGAAGGAUAGUAUUUAGAGAGCUCGACGCCUUCGAAUGUAUCAGGUUUUUAAUAAAUAUUAUGCUCUGCGUAUUCCAAAAUACUGGAGUGAAUAUCAGCGGUCGUGUCGAUUGUAAAUAACGCGGAGUCCUACAAUUUCCAAAAACUCUACCAGACAAUGCAUUGCUGAGGCAUGUUCUUUCAGCUAAAAGAACGAUAAAAAUCGAUGCACUUUUCGCUGGAGAAAUAACCAAGAGUUAGAGUUACUCAUAGAGAUGAAUAAAUGCCUGUCAC